AUGCAAUCCUCAUCCACAUCAGCGGGCUCUUCCAGCAAUAACAGUUACACUAGGAGUGCACACGAACCACCCGAGACAGAUAUCUUGUUCUCGCACCGUCUUCACGACGACUUCCUCCAAGAGAUCCACGACAUAACACACUCGCCCACGCGCGUCACCCAAUUCUUGCACGACCCAAACCUCCUCUCACCGGCGCACAGGCACGCGCGGAAACAGUCGGCCUCGAAUCUGGGUGAGCAAAGAACUGACAACCACGCGCAUCCGAGUCAAGUUCACAGGGAUACCGCGAAUGCCCUCACGGUCGUGCUUGGGGAGGAGGAGCGCGAAGCCCACCGCCUGCGGCGUCUCCUAGGUGAGGCGGGCGAGCGGCUAGAGUCCGAGAUCUGCCGCGCGGACGACUCCGAGGCGCGUGCUCGUGCUGCGCAAGAGCUCGCGAAGGAGGGCGAAGCACGCGUUACAUCAGAGCAGUCCGCGCGGCGUCAGGCGGAGACGGACGCCGCGCACGCUCACGAGGAGGUCCGGCGGAUUGAGGCAUUGCAGGAUGCGGCUGCGGAAGACUUGCGGCGCGCGGAAGUGCAAGUCCUGGAGGUGCGGCAGCAACUAGAAGAGGAGCGUAAGAGGGCGGCGGAGGCCGUGGACGGUGUGCGGAAGGCACAACAGGUCUUGCGGGAGUACCAGGCGCUGGAACAAGGACAUGAAGAGGUGAAGCGGCUGGAGCUCGGCAGAGGCGCUGUAGAUCCGGUGGAUGAGCGUGCAAUGGCGUUUGAGGAGGGACGUGCGGAGGGCUAUGCGGCUGGGCGAGCGCAAGGGUAUGCAGCUGGAAGGUCAAACGGUUUUCAGGCUGGGCAAGCAACUGGGUAUGACCAAGGCAUGAAAGCGGGGAAAGCGAAGGGGUUUAGCACAGGGAUCCGGCAAGGGCACGCCGAGGAGCGCGACUACGCGCUGGAGCAAUUUGACAGGUUCUUGGAGUCAGACAGCGGUCGUAGGAGCUUGCAGGAUUAUCUCACUCACAAUAGCAUACGACGACGGACGAAACGCCCGCAUCAAACCGAGGUACGGCCAGGGCAAUUUAGGCUAUACCUGGAGCCAGUAAGCAACAGUUCCUCGGAGGCAGUGAGGGGGAGAAACGCAACCGCAGAAGUACUCGUAGAGCGGGUACCAGCCCAAGAACUUCUUGCAGCAUCUCAAGAGCAGUCUACGCCUCUGGGUAAACAGCGAUCCAGAGAGUCGCUCAAAGAGCGCAUUCGGAACACAGUUCAUGGCCGGAGGCACUCUCACCAGCACGCACACGACCAUGAUCGAGAGCCAGUUCCAUCUCUGUAUAAUGCGACCUAG